AUGUCCAGUCUCUAUCAUCCAAUCUCACCAAAACAGCUCUCAGGCUCCUCUGUAGGGACUUAUGAUUUUUUUGAAAUAUCUGAGGAUAUCUAUGACUUGUUCAGGACUCUCCACCUUCAACCUGGACAGUUUAAGUGUACAUUCACUGACCUUGUGUUUGAGAUGGAGCUGGAAGGCAGACUGAUGUAUAAAGUAGUGUCCUGGGACAGCCAUGUCUUGGAUGGAUUACACAACAUGGAGCCAGCAGGACCUCUGUACAAUAUCGAGUGCUAUUUAAAUUCAAUCCAUCGCCUGCACCUUCCACACUGUGAAACCCGUACAGAUGAGGUUAAAUUGACUGUGGCUCAUGUGACUGGUGGAAAUUUGGAGAUCAUUCAGCCUGUAGAAGUAACAGACACACAUGUGAUUAUAGAAGUUCAACACCUCUCAUGUUUUGGUGUUUUAAAGCAAUUGUUAUAUAGAGCGUAUCCCAUCAGAGCCCAAGUUCUGUUGUUCUAUGAGCAAAGUCUGAGUAAACUUCACAUCCAUCUGUUGAAGCGGAAUGUUCCGGUCGAAAAGGUGCAGAAAAAACAUCAGAGAUUCACAUACAUUACAACAAGCUCCAAAUGUAUACUGAGCCCUCGUAAAACAUACAGGACCUGCUGUAAAACUGAUGACUGUGAUUAUGUUUCUCAACCAGAGGAGGAGAAGUUUGAUCGUGACUAUGACCCAAACUACCACCCUACAUUUGAGGUGAUCCUUAAUACUGACAUUAAACAAGUCACAUUAAGUAUUUUGGAUGAAAAAGACCAGGUGGUGUGGAAGCCUCGAACUGUCUUACUUCCAGGUAGAUGUAGAGUCUCAAACAGUAACGAUUCACCCGGUGCUGAUUUUGUGGAUAAAUACAAAGCUGAUCUCAUUCAGAGAGUUCCUUCAGUAAUGGAGAUAGUAGACUGUCUAAUAUCCAAGAAUAUUAUUACUUAUGAGAUGUACAGUAAGAUCAGUGCAGAAAAAACAUCCCAAGACAAAAUGAGAGAACUGUACAAAUAUCUCAACUCAGCAGGACGAGCUGCGAAAGCUGAAUUCUAUCAAAUUCUACGAGAGAAACAUCCCGAUUUAGUGAUGGAGCUGGAGUCGAGAUCGGAUAUGGAUUAGUGGACGUUUAACAGAGUGAAUCACAUGCACACAGGGGUGUAGAGCUGAUUCUUGGGCCCCAUGUAAAGACAUUGUCUGAGGGCCACUUUUCCAUCAUUUCAUUAUCAAUGCCAUUUGUGUUACACAUUUCCCUUACAGAUACAGUACCUGCUUUUUUUUUUUAUUAUCAGCAUGUUUGUACAAAUCAAAAUUUGCCCGGACUUUGGCGACAUGCUUCUGUUUAUGCUCUGUGUCACGUGUCUGCCCCGCCCUUGUCUCUUCAUCCCACUUCUGCAC